AUGGAACCUCAUCCUUCUUUACGCGCUGAAAUCAAAGAAACUCAUAGAAGUGGUGGAAGCGCUCGUAUAUCUACUACGGCUAAUGCGACGAGAAUGGUAUUUGCCGAAAUUGUUGGCACACUUUCGUUUCUACACCCACAAGCUGAUGAUGACAUCUCAGAUCGAUUACAUUACUACUACACGACGACGUUUCUGCUUUUAACGGCGGUACUCAUCAGUAUAAAGAUGUUCGGUGGAAGACCAAUAGAAUGUUGGUUACCUGCAGAGUAUAAAAGCAGUUGGGAGGAUUAUACAGAAAUGUAUUGCUGGGCUCGAAACACCUACUUUGCUUCUUUCGACGACGAGUUGCCUGAAGUGCAUGAAAGAGGGAAAACCAUGGUCUCCUACUACCAAUGGGUUCCAUUCUUUUUGGUCGUCGUGGCUUUCAUGUUCUACGCUCCGUGUCUUCUAUGGAGAAUACUCUACGAUAAAUCUGGCAUUCGAUUAAACGACAUCAUGAACUUCGCUAAUGAUCGGUCCAACGUCCAGCCUGCUUCUCGUCGUGCAAAUAUCAAUGGUUUGGCCAUGCACUUGUCGUCAGUGUUCAGGCAUAGAUUUCGAUUCGGAUCUAGCCAUCCAUACCAUCACAAAGUGUUCAAAUUUUUAAACCUACGGUUUUAUGAAGCUUAUCUUACCUUGCUUUAUAUUGGCAUCAAGCUGCUCUUUCUCAUCAACGUUCUUGUGCAGAUGAUCCUUCUCAGUCGUUUUUUGCAAACGAACUCACAAGGGUUUUAUGGCUACGGGAUACUGUGGGAUCUGGUUACUGGCCAAGGUUGGACCGAGUCACCGAAUUUCCCCGUUGUUACCUAUUGCGACAUGGAAAUUCGGAUUUUGGGAAAUGUUCAGAGGCAUACGGUACAAUGUGUGCUUGUGAUCAAUAUUUUUACCGAGAAGAUCUUUCUGCUAUUGUGGAUCUGGUACACACUGCUGGCGAUAGUUUCUUUUGGCAGCAUCAUGUCAUGGAUAGUCUCAUCACUCCCAUUUGAACAACGGAGAAAGUUCAUUGCACGACGGUUGGAAUUGGCCGAUGUUACUUUCAAGCAGCGAGACUUUGCACUAGAACUCGACGAGUUUGUGAGAGACUACGUAAAAAUGGACGGAGUAUUUGUGCUACGAAUGAUUACCAUCCAUUCUGGAGUGCUGAUGUGCACAGAAGUUGUAGACACUAUGUGGGAUCAAUUCUUAGCUGAACAAGCGAGCAAAGAUGAAUACAAAGACGAACGUGCGCCAUCGGCAGGUGGUCAAUCGAUAGAGCAUUCACUUCGAAGGAAGACGUCCGUGCUGGUGCCAUUGAUGUCACGAGAAGAUCUCACGCAAAUUCCGGAGAUGUUGGCACCACCGAAUCGCAUUUGA